CUUGUCGCUGUUUCUUCUUCCUCCACACACGCACUUCUCUUCUCACAACACCCACCACCUUCCUUCCUUCUUUCCUUCCUUCCUUCCUUGUCCUUCUGUCUGUGCUGUGUUGUUGUGCUGAUGGGGUGCAUCAUGAGCCUGGAGAACUCUGGAGGCUCGUCAACGGGGUGCCCGUUGAUUGAAGUGAAAACACCCUCGGACAAGCUGCAGACGGCGACGUUUGCGCUUGGCUGAUUUUGGGGACCCGACGUGGCCUUUGCAACAAUGCCUGGGGUGUUGCGAACUCGCGUCGGGUACACGGGUGGGCACAAGAGCAACCCCACCUACUACAGCCUCGGAGAUCACACAGAGGCUGUGCAGAUUGAAUUCGACCCCAAGGUCGUCACAUUCGAACAGCUCCUCGACAAGUUCUGGGUGCAGCAUGACGCGUCACGCAAGUCCAGCCGCCAGUAUCAGAGCGCGUUGUGGUACCAGACAGAAGACCAGAAGCAGGCCAUUCUCAAGGCAAUUGAGGCCGAGGAGAAGAAGGCUCGCUAUCGCGGGCGCAAGAUUGCGACACACGUCGCUCCACUUGGCCCCUUCUACCUCGCAGAGGACUACCACCAGAAAUACUUGGACCGCUCCCUGCUCGGCCCCUCUACUGAGCACGGAAACUCUCUUUGAUUGCGUGGUGCCGCCGAUCAAGCCCACGCCGCACGCCUGCGCGUCAUUACUACGAUGACCGCUCACACACAUACACACACACACACAUACACACACACUUACACACAACCUUUGUUGUGCCUUCUGCUUUUUCAUGUUCUGUACCAAUGCGACCACGUUACAUCUCAGCAGCAUGCGCGAGUGUAUGCUGGCAUUGAAUGGGUGAUUGUUUUGUCCAUGCUUUGUGAUGCUGUUGCCGUAAAGCACUGUGUUGCCGGCCUCAGCUGAUGUGCUUCGGUUGUGCACGGCUCAUUGGUUCACUUUCCCCCCAGGCCACUUUUGUUUUGCCCUCGAACCUCUGCUGUGUUUGACCCAUGCACGCUGGAUGAUUCACGUCACACACCAUCACCACCACAUGCACGAAUGUCACAAUUAAAGCACUCAAGUGUUG